AUGGCAUCCAAAGAUGUGGAACAGGGAGAUCCUGUGAAGGUGGCUGCCCAGGAUGACUGGACCUCAGUGCUGCUGCUCUCAGGUGCCUGGUCCUGCGCCUUCUCCAUCUUCUCCAGCGCGGUGGCCACGCUGUCUUUGGCGGUCACGAACACGGCACCGGAGGGCCUGGAGACCUUGCCCUUGUCCUUGGCGCUCAUCCUUCAAGGUCUGGCCAAUUUGGUCUUGCCCAGCUUCAAGCGCCGAUUGGGCCUGAAGGGCACCUACAUCUUGGGAGUUUGCUUGGGCAUGGUGGCGUGUGGUUUGUUGGUUCUUGGCUCCUAUCUCCUGGAGUUUAGCAUUCAAUGCAUUGGAGCAGCCUUACUGGGCUACAGUCUGGGCCAUGCUCAGAACUAUCGCUUCGGUGCUGUGUUGUUGAUGCCAUCAAGUCCCGCAAAGGCUGUCAGUGCGGUGCUCUUUGGUGGAGUCCUGGGCUCGUUGGUGGGCCCUGGCGUUCUGCCACAGGCCGAACCAGCUUCACAUGUUUCAAAAAGGCGAAUUUAUAUGCUUGGUUCAUGCAUCUUCUUAGUGAGCUUGGUGCUUCUGCUCUUGGUGCGCUUUCCAACUUCACACGUAACAAACGGGGCAACUGAUGCAAGUGUCGUGACUCCACCCCGCGGUGUAUUGGAGAUUCUACGGCAGCCGAGCUGCAUUGCUGCCAUUCUAAGCAUGGCUGCAUCCUACAGCAUCAUGCUCCUUUUGAUGGCUCCAACCCCCGUUGUGAUGCAACAGUACUAUAAUCAUGGAUACACGCCAACAACGCUGACCAUGAUGGGCCACAUGUUUUGCAUGUUCGCGCCUUCUCCAAUGACCGGGAAGCUCAUUCCUCGCUUUGGUAGUUUCAAGGUGAUCCAUGCUGGCCUGGUCUUUGCCAUCGGCACCGCCGUGUGUCUUUGGCUUUCCAGUGAGCUUUGGAUCUUCGUGGUAGCCAUGGCGCUCUUGGGCUUCGCAUGGAACUUCAUGUUCUUGGCAGGUACAGUUCUUCUGAACUCCACUCUCAAACCAGCAGAGUCUUCCAAGAUCGUGGCCUUUGCAGCUCCUCGGAUCGCCAAGAUCGGCGGGAGAUUGCUUGGGCCUCCCUCAACACAGCAAGCUCGCCGUGGCUUCCAGUGGAUGUUGGAGUGCCUGGGUGGGCAUCAGUUUCGUCACUUCUCUCUUUCCGCUGAGAAGGUCCGAUCCAACAAAGCACGUGCCCCUCAAGGAGAAGAUGAACAGGAUGCAGGAUGGGACUUCAUCAUCAGCAACGGUGAGAGAGACAAGGAGAACUUGAAGCAGAUGCGCUGGAUCCAUCGCCACAUCCAAAAAGAAGGUUCUCCGAUCCAUGGUUGGAACGAGAAGUUGGUUCAGAGAGCUCUUGAUUGUCUUGCUAAUGACGGAUGUCUGGCCAAAUUGCCUGACAGAUAUGAUUUGACCAUCCAAGCCAUUCAGCCAGAAAUCUUGACCAUCUUGGAAGAUCUCUUGCCUCAUCUUCGUGGACAUUCCCUGUGGACGGCAGCGAAGUUCGUGAUGCAUCAGCUUCGCAUCGUCGUAGACAACCAGUACAACCCAGAGGGUCAAGAAGGCGAUGUUGAUGGUGUUUUCUCAGCAGAAGUCUCCCAUGAGUCUUUCAUGAAGCUGGUCCGUCCAGCCGUGGGCUACAUCGCCAAUGCCGAUGCUAUGGCAAUUCUGAAAAGGGCUGCCUUCAUCGUGUUUGCUGAGAAGUACAUCUAUUUCCGACCACCCACUGAGAAGCAUGUCAAGGUGCAGCGUGUUUUUUGGACCAACUCAGAUUCAAAGGACAUUCUUCUUCCAGAUUGCAAGCCAACCCUGAAGAAUUGGAAACUGGUGGGCCUCAGCCGGAUACUUAUUCCGCAUCUGUGGCAUGGGAGACUGAAUGGUUGA